AGAGACUGCCACUGAGUUAGCUGGAACAUUACCAAGUAACGGCACAGCUAACAAGAUGAAUGGAGCUUUGGAUCACUCAGACCAACCAGACCCAGAUGCCAUUAAGAUGUUUGUUGGACAGAUCCCACGUUCAUGGUCGGAAAAAGAACUAAAAGAACUUUUUGAGCCUUAUGGAGCUGUCUACCAGAUUAACGUUCUCCGAGACAGGAGUCAGAACCCACCCCAAAGCAAAGGUUGUUGUUUCGUAACAUUUUAUACACGAAAAGCUGCACUCGAGGCACAGAAUGCACUGCACAAUAUUAAAACUUUACCUGGGAUGCAUCAUCCCAUUCAGAUGAAACCCGCAGAUAGCGAAAAGUCCAAUGCUGUGGAAGACAGAAAAUUGUUCAUAGGAAUGGUUUCGAAGAAGUGUAAUGAGAAUGAUAUCAGGGUGAUGUUCUCUCCAUUCGGCCAGAUAGAAGAAUGCCGAAUUCUUCGGGGACCUGACGGUCUGAGCCGAGUGCACAGCAUCAAUAUGGAGUCUAGCAGAGGCUGUGCGUUUGUUACAUUUUCUACAAGGGCAAUGGCACAGAAUGCAAUCAAAGCCAUGCACCAGUCUCAGACCAUGGAGGGCUGCUCUUCGCCCAUAGUGGUGAAGUUUGCCGAUACCCAAAAGGAUAAGGAGCAGAGGCGUUUACAACAGCAGUUGGCACAACAGAUGCAGCAGCUCAACACUGCCACUUGGGGGAACCUCACAGGCCUUGGAGGACUCACACCACAGUACCUAGCUCUUCUGCAGCAAGCAACUUCCUCCAGUAACUUGGGUGCCUUCAGCGGCAUUCAGCAAAUGGCUGGCAUGAAUGCUUUACAGUUACAGAAUUUGGCAACCUUAGCCGCCGCCGCCGCCGCCGCCCAAACCUCAGCAACCACCACCAAUGCAAAUCCUCUCUCCACAACAACCGGUGCGCUGGGAGCCCUCACAAGUCCCGAACUUGGAAGUUGUGUAGUGCAUGAGGCAGGGGACUGCAUGAAAAGGAAGGACAGUCUCAUCGUUAGGGCAGUUGAAUGUUGCCCUGGAGAACUGGAGUCUAUCUCUGCCCUGCCAAACUACGUGAUGCUGGUGGCUGCAUCAACUGCUAAUUCUACGGCUGGGGCGGCCAUGAAUUCGUUGACUUCUCUGGGUACUCUGCAAGGAUUGGCUGGAGCCACUGUUGGAUUGAAUAAUAUUAAUGCACUAGCAGUUGCUCAAAUGCUCUCAGGUAUGGCGGCCCUGAACGGAGGACUUGGCGCCACAGGCUUGACGAAUGGUACAGCAGGCACAAUGGACGCCCUCACCCAAGCCUACUCAGGAAUCCAGCAGUAUGCCGCAGCAGCACUGCCAACAUUGUACAGUCAGAGUUUGUUACAGCAACAAAGUGCUGCUGGCAGCCAGAAAGAAGGUCCAGAAGGGGCAAACCUCUUUAUUUACCACCUCCCCCAGGAAUUUGGAGACCAGGACAUUCUGCAGAUGUUCAUGCCCUUUGGGAAUGUUAUUUCUGCUAAAGUCUUCAUUGACAAACAGACCAAUCUGAGCAAGUGCUUUGGUUUUGUUAGCUAUGACAAUCCAGUCUCUGCGCAAGCUGCUAUCCAGGCUAUGAACGGCUUUCAGAUUGGCAUGAAACGCUUGAAGGUUCAGCUGAAACGCUCCAAAAACGACAGCAAACCUUACUGAUCUUAACCCCAGAUGCUCACUGAUCUUAUUUUAGCUUUCUUAGGACAUCUCCAUGCCCGUUAGUUCAUCGUUUGCCUAGCAUGUCCCUGUGGCGUCUAAAAAAAAAAGUUUCAUCGUCCCGUCAUUGUUUCUGAUGUCUUUCUGACCUCACAUCAUAUUUGGUUCUCCUACUGACCUUUGAUCUAGUUUGACCUUUGAAAUUUGCAUGUGACCUCAUCUAGCUAUGAAUUUUGGGAAGUCAAUGUGAAAAAACAUUGCUGCAUUCACGCAAGACUGAAAUUUAUUAUUAGACAAAUUAAUAAUAGGGUUUAAAAUGAAAAAACAAAAAAAUAUAAAAAAAAAAAACCUGUGGCAAAAAUGUUUUCGCUUGCUUUCUUUUUUUUUCUUUCUUUCUUUUUCUCUUUUUUUCCUUUUCCAAAAAAUAAAUAAAUAAAAUAAAAUAACAGACUUGAAAGUAUUAUACAGGGAUUGGCAUUCUGCCUGGUCACUGGUGACAAUAGCAAUAUGUGUCCAGAGGCACAGAAUGUUGGUUUCUAACAGACUACUUCCAAAACAGUUUGAGAAAAAAAACUGUCUGAUUUUAAGUCUCUAGAAGUCUGUAAUAGUUUUUACAUUUUUCAGGCAGUGUAAAGUUUUUUGAUAAGGCCAUUUUAGGUGGCUCACUUUCUCAUUAAAAUAUAUAUAUAGAACCACUUUUUGUAGAUUAGUAUAAGAAAAUAUUUACCCUGUUUUAGGGCAAAUGCUACCUAUUUGUGUCACCUUUUGCUGAACUGACUCACAGUUAGACAAUCCAUGGUUUAAUGCACAUGAAAUUACUAUAUUUUAUACUGUUUCAAUGUACAGGAGAAAGGUUACUGUAAACUGUGUUACGUUGGUGCUUCUGUGAAUUAAGUUGUGGUUUCAUCAUGAGUCUUAUGGUCUUAAGUGUUCUGUGUUUAUAAAAGACAAGUUUAAAAUUGGUUUACUUGAACAACAACAACAAAAAUGAGUUUAAAAAAAGUUGUUUGCUUAAAAAAUUUCAUGUGAAAAAUUAAAAAAUAUUCCAGAAUAAGUUUGUGUUGGCUUGUGACGCAUUGAUGUCAUUUUUUUAUUGUGGACAAUUUAGAUGUGUUUGUGUUCAGCAAAAUGUGAUCGGUUUUUCUUUUAAAGGAAAAAAAUCAGUGAAAAUAUAGUGCCAAAUUCCAAAGGUACUUUCUUCCUAGAGCUUCAGUGUGUUUCUUGUGUGAAGUAAUUUGAUAACAUGGGUAUUUUAUUAUGUGUUUUGUAUAAAUCCCUAAUAUUUAAAGAAAAAAGAGGUUAAAAAGUUUGUUAACUUGCUAUCCUGUGGUCUUGUUGCCUGAAAUUGUUAUUGUUUGUUAUUUCUCUUUGAUGUUUUUUGUAAAACAUUGUAUAAGUGCCCAUGUUUCACUUUUUUAACCACUCUGCACAUCAAUGCUGUGAAAGCAAACCUCACAAUGUAUUUUCUUCAUAAUGUAUGGAAACCUCUAAGGUGAGAAAGUUUUGAACUUUUAACCCUUUCCACCCAGAGCUGUCUUGAGUGUUAAUACCUUUUAUACAUUCACCAUUUUGCUGUUUAUUUUUAUAUAUAUAUCUAUAUAUAUAAAUAUAUAUAUAUAUACUUAUUUUUUUGUGGUUUAUUUAAUACAUGGUUGAAAUCAGAAAAAUGCACAGGGCAGAUCUGAAGGACAAAAAAUAAUUUUACUGCUGUCUAAAUUUCUUCUGUAUCUAUAACUAAAAUUAUUUAAAACAGUAAUUAACUUGUGGUUUUCCUUUUUAGAUUUUGGGUUUUUUGUCUUUUCUUAAAGAGCUUUUAAUAUGCUGCUGGAAUAUGCUAUUCAGUAUUAAUAAAAUAAAAGAAAAUAAAAAACAAUUCUUUAAUUAUCUAUUGUGUGAGCCGCUCCCAGACAGGAGUGGUUAUUCCACCAUUUGAAAACAUUGAGGAGAAAAAACAAUAUUUUUGUAACUAAAUAAAUGAACUUUUGCUUAAAUCAGAUGCACUAGAUCUUCCUGGGUGAAAAUUCAAUGUGCACUGCAGUUAAACUACUUUUUAUGGAUAAAGUUUACAUAUGCUGUAA